AUGGCGGGAUCUUUUUAUCUCGCCUACGCGCUGGCCAACAAACUUAAAGACUCCGGCCCCGGCUGGCCAACUAUGCCUAAAGAGGACGUCAUCAGAAGGGCCAUUGACUCGUUGAUGCAGGAAAUGGGGCCUAGAGGCACUUAUGUCAAGCUUGAUGAUGCGUCUGAAAUCGAGAAAAUCCAGCCUACCUCUGAGACCUGGAAAUCCGGCAAAGCCGCGAGCGACUUCUCAAAUUACGAAGAGAGCCUAAAACAGUUGACGUCAGUUUAUAAUGAGACACAGGGGGUGAUCCAGAAGAUCAAAGGACGUUUGGGUCAGGGAGUUAAUUCGGAGUCGCAACUUUUGGAGUUAGAGGCUCUGUUUGAGGAGCUCAUCAUAUGCUAUAACAGAAUGGUAUCUCAUGUUGAUGCUAUGUUAGGAUUGACAUCUCUAGUCCCAGAGACCUGGCAUUCGCAAGAAUCAAAACUCGAAGAAAAAGCUGUGGGAUGGAUUAAAUCCGUAAAGUACACUCAAGUACAACAUGAUGAGGACAUACGGGCCGUUUGUGCCGCGAUAUACCCGUUCUUAGCUUGCAGGGCUGAGGCGCUUGAACACUUAGAAAUACUUCAUGAGGGUGGGUCUCGAAGCGAAUCGAACAACUGGGCAAUGUCACCGAUUGCUAAUUUGUACCCGCAUUUAACAGCCGUGAAAAACAGUCUCCUGCCGGUUGUUAUUAAUGCGCGAUCGGUGGCAAGAGAUUUAUAUGGCCGCCUUGAUAGGCCUAUCAAUCAGAUUGUAGGGGCUUUAGAGAAUUCCAUCGACCCAGUUAAUACCGAAAUAGCAAGUUUUCUGGUACCAGGAUACUUCAAAGAAGAUCAAAAAAUAAUUUCCGGAAUCAAGGGUGACUUCACAGUGGCUAUGGGGGAGGUUCCCAGUGCCCAAGGAAACGCCAGUAUCGACACUAUAAGCAAACAGCUCCCGUUGAAGGUGAAAGAUGCCUUAAAGGAUACGGUGCAGCUCGGGGCCCUAACGCUAAUUGAUUCAUCAGUCCUGGAUAAAUUACGCGUAUCAAUCAGUAUCGACGACGCAGGACUUUUUACGCUCUCACGAUCUUCUGGAACGUAUGCUGGAAAGGCUGCCAGCUCGUUUAUGUUGCUCCAAAACACCAGUGGAGUUCUCCAUGAAUCUAUUACAGGCAAGGUUACGGCCAAAAGCGUUUUUGUUCCUCUGAAGCAAACCUACAACUUGGACAACUAUUCAACGUUGCUUUUCAUUGUCAAAUUGGUUCAGAAUGAGAUACAUACUACUCCAACUAACCCAGAAUCGCUCAAUAUCGACUUCCAGCUUACUUCAGAGAAUGGAAUAGCGGGCGUAAAAGUAGUGACUAAGAAUACUAUUUUAGAAGAAUACACAGCGCAAUAUAUACUAGUCCCGAAUAUUCCGCCAGCAGUUACAGGCGUGCCCCCAGGCACUCCACGAUGUGGUGGCACCGUCAGCUUUGAUUUUUAUGAGGCGGAGAAAGCCAGGGGCCUAUAUAUACGUUUCCAACCGGGCUUCGAUAAGAAUAGGAACAGGCCUCGGGUUAUAGCAGGGUUCUCAAAAAUUGAUAUAUCUGGUGCUGCAAACCGCAGCAUCAACUUGGUUGUUGGAAACGUUGACUGUGAUGGCUUUGUUCUCUACGUAUCCACUGAAGAAAAUAUCACGCUCGGCGUCGUUAGAGCAUACUGGCUGGCUGUGGAUACGCAAGUUAUUUGA